AUGGCCGGCAUUGCGGACGCCGGCAUCGUGCAGCGGGCCGCCAUCCCCGCCGUGUGCCUGCUGAUCGGCUUCCUGGGCUACUUCUCGCAGUACGUCCUGCACGACGACUUUCUCGAGCCGGGCCCGCCAUCACGCACCGAGACCCUCGUCUUCAACGCGCUCCUCCUCGCUCUGUGGUGGACCUACGCGCGCACCUGCACCGUCGACCCCGGCCGCUACACCUUCCCCGAAUCGCCGCCCCCCGCCGUCGUCGUCGAGGAGGUAAAGGGCCGGUGGUGCAGCAAGUGCUCCGCGCCGAAGCCGCCGCGCGCGCACCACUGCCGGCACUGCCGCCGCUGCGUGCCCCGGAUGGACCACCACUGCCCCUGGACGGGCAACUGCGUGUCCAUGACGACGUUUCCGCACUUUUUGCGCUUCCUGGCCUAUGCGAACCUGGCGCUCGGGGUGCUCGCGAGGCUGCUGCUGGCGCGCAUCGCGCGCCUGUGGGCGGACCGCUUCCUGCCGGCGUACCUGGGGCCGAGCGUCGGCGCGUUGGUUUCGCUCGCGCUGCUGACGCUGGUCGGCGCCGCCACGUGGCUCGCGCUGUUCGUUAUGCUCGUUACCACCGUCCGCGGCUGGGUCCUCAACCAGACCAUGAUCGAGGUGUGGGAGCAGGACCGGCACGAGACGCUGGCCGCGCGCGGGGCCCGCAGCGGCGGUAACGAUUGGUGGGACAUUGUCGGGCCCGACGGCGAGCCCAUCCGGUUCGAAAAGGUCGAGUUCCCGUACGAUGUCGGCUUCUUCGCCAACAUGGCGCAAGCAAUGGGCACCCCGCUCUUCGUGCUCUGGCUGCUCCCGUUCGCCGGGAACCCGCGCGUCUCGCCGCCCGGCGAGGGUACCGUCGGGUGGACCUGGCCGGAGAACGGCUUCAACCGAAAGGAGGGCAUGUGGCCGCCGCCGGACCCGGACAAGAUCCGCCGCGCCGCUCGGCAGCAGAAGCACACCGGUGCCGGCGGCGCGACUACGCGGCGCGACUACGAGCGCGAGCUGCGCGAGCUCGAACUUGACCCCGAGGCGCGAAAGAGUGCCUUCAAGGAGAGGCAGGAGCGGGACCUCCGGCGCCGGCGCAAGGCGCUCCUUGCCGAGCUCGAGGAGGAAGAGGAGGAGCAUGGCGGCGAGGAUGACCUGAACUCGUACCCGGACGACGAGAGCGACGGGUGGUCUGAAGAAGACGCCGAGAAGCUCGCGGACUUUGGUGUCGACGAGGACGAGGUCGACUACGACUACACGACUAGGCACGACAACGACGAGGACGAAGACGUACCGCUCGGUGAGCUGCUGCGGCGGAGACGAGCGCAAAAAGCCAGCGACGACGAGUAG